AUGCCUUUUGAGAAUAAUUUGAGUAAUGUUUUGGAUAACGUAUAUAUAACUUUAUUCUCGUUAGAAGCUAAUAUGAAGGUCAUAUUUAGUGCUCUUAUAUCAUCUUCUGUAAAUUUAAAUGCUAAACAAGAAAGACCUGAAUCUUGUCUGGAAUGUGACGUUUAG